GAAUGAAAAGCUCGAAGUAACCUUAAUGGCUGGAGAGACAUACAAGUUUAAGGAGUCACUAAAAUUAAAUUCCCUUUCCAUAUAAGAAUAAAAAUGUGAAAGGAGUGCAAGGGAAUCGAAGCCUGAUUCCGUUUAUUCUCUCUCUAAGCCAAGCCACCCAAGUGUCAUUUUCUUACACAUCCCCCCACCCACCCACAAGAAACAAGCAAGAACCCACAACUUUCACCACACACCAUACACUCUUUUUACCACUCCAUCUUUCUCUCACCUUUCAAAUAACUUCGAUUUCUCUCUAACCCAUUGCAACAAAGCCCCUCAGUCCACCCAUAUACACAACUACGCUCAUCUCUCACAUCAUAGGAGUCUCGUAUAAGCAGUAGUGGCAGCAAAAUAGCAGCAUUAUUGCUUGAAUAGGGAGGAGAAGUAGGAGCAGGCGGAGGAGGUAGAGAAGGGUGGAAAAAAUGGAGCUUUUCCCGGUGCAACCUGACUUAUCUCUGCAAAUUAGUCCUCCAAACAGCAAGCCCACAUCAGGCUGGAGCAGAAGUGAUGAGGCCCUGGAUUUAGGGUUUUGGAGGAGAGCCAUGGACUCCGCUAGCAGCAGCAUCAAGAGCAGCACCUCCACUUCAACACCAAAGGCCAACACCGGUGGCUUCGACCUCUCCUUAGCAAACCCGAGCGUGGCCUCGAACACCAACACCACCAGCUACCUCCCUCACCAGCACCAUUUCCAUCUUCAUCACCACCAAAAAUUCCUACACGACGGAUAUCGCCAAGAUCUUGGUAGUAUAAGACCUAUAAGAGGAAUUCCGGUGUACUACAACCCUCCUUCCUUCUCUUUCCUCCAAAACCAGCUUAACCAGCAGCAUUUAUGUGACUCAUCUUCCACUGCUUCUUCGAUCCCUUAUGUGGUGCAAGGCAUGCCGAGAUCGCCGCGGUUUUUGCCGCGGUUCCCUGCAAAGCGAGGCAUGAGAGCGCCGAGGAUGCGGUGGACGACCACCCUCCAUGCGCGUUUUGUUCAUGCUGUGGAGUUGUUGGGAGGCCAUGAAAGGGCCACGCCGAAGUCUGUUCUUGAGCUCAUGGAUGUCAAAGAUCUCACUUUAGCUCAUGUGAAGUCCCAUUUACAGAUGUAUCGGACUGUGAAAACUACUGAUAGACCAGCCACUUCUUCUGACCAAACAGAGCCUAUAGAAAUUUCUGAUGACAACUUGCUCAAUAUCCAUGCAUCAGAAGCCUCAGUUCAGCAUGAAAGGUCGGGUGGUAGUAAUAGCACCCGUUCUGGCCUAUGGAACAAUACUUCAAGGGGAGGCUGGUUUCAUGACAAGCCAAAGGAUUCCACCACUGGGAGUAUUAACUCUUUCGAGGACAUGCAAUACAAAAGCUUCGAGAUGGUAUCAGAUUUAAACUCAUCGUGCGUCUCAGAGAUGAGCACAAAGAAGCCCAAUCUAGAGUUCACCUUGGGAAGGCCGCAUUGAAUCUUUAAGCUUUCAUCUGCAUCAUAUGAUCAACUAGGAGGAGAAAUGAGGUGCCCACAAGAGAAUCGAGCAAAAGAAAAAGAGAGAAAGACAAGGAGACCAUUGAGGCAGAAAGCAGAAAAAAGGAGACAAUGAGAGUAAAAGCAUAUGAAAGCUGAGAGAUCCCAAAGGCUAUGUUCUACGUAAUAUGGGAUGGGUUUAUUGUUUCAAGAUGUAAAGAGUGAGAAGGAGGGGGUCUCCUUUUACUAUCAUAAAGGCAUAAAGCACUAUGAAGGUAUGGGGCUUUUUCAUUCUCCUGCAUGUGCACGUGGCUUUGCUUUGUAGUUUUCCAACAAAGAGAAAAAGAAAA